UGCCCUGCCCACUCUGUCUCUGAGAUUCCUGCGGACUAAGCUAAGGCCACAUCAGGAGAUCCUGAGCCUCAGCGUCCGGAGGCCCCACUCUAGGGAAUCUGUCUUCCAUGAGAGGACUGCCCCAGCCUGGACAUGGCACCAGACACCUGCUGCUGCUCUCGUGGGGCCCUGCAGAGGAGGCUGCCCAUCCUGGCCUGGCUGCCUGACUACUCUCUGCAGUGGCUGAGGAUGGACUUCAUCGCUGGACUCUCCGUGGGACUCACCGUCAUCCCCCAGGCACUGGCCUAUGCAGAAGUGGCUGGGCUCCCACCCCAGUAUGGCCUCUACUCUGCCUUCGUGGGAUGCUUCGUGUAUUUCUUCCUGGGCACCUCCCGGGACGUGACUCUGGGCCCCACGGCUAUCAUGUCCCUCCUGGUGUCCUUCUACACCUUCCGUGAGCCCGCCUACUCGGUGCUGCUUGCCUUCCUGUCUGGGUGCAUCCAGCUGGCCAUGGGGUUCCUGCAUUUGGGGUUCCUGCUGGACUUCAUCUCCUGCCCUGUCAUUAAAGGCUUCACUUCCGCUGCCACCAUCACCAUUGGCUUUGGACAGAUCAAGAACCUGCUGGGAUUGCAGAACAUCCCCCGGCAGUUCUUCCUCCAGGUGUAUCAGACCUUCCUCCACAUCGGAGAGACCAGGGUGGGUGACGCCGUCCUGGGGCUGGCCUGCAUGGUGCUGCUGUUUGUGCUGAAGCUGAUGCGGAAACACAUGCCUCCUCCCCAUCCUCAGAUGCCCCUUGGUGUGAAGUUCAGCCGUGGGCUGGUGUGGACUGUCACAACAGCUCGCAAUGCCUUGGUGGUCUCCUGUGCAGCCCUGAUUGCUUACUCCUUCGAAGUGACAGGACACCAUCCUUUUGUUCUGACUGGGAAGAUCGCCCAGGGUCUCCCCCCUGUGAGGGCCCCACCCUUCUCAGUGACCACAGACAAUAAGACCAUCUCAUUCUCUGAGAUGGUGCAGGACAUGGGGGCUGGACUGGCUGUGAUACCUCUGGUGGGCCUCCUGGAGAGCAUCGCUGUGGCCAAAUCCUUUGCCUCUCAGAAUAACUACCGCAUUGAUGCCAACCAGGAGCUACUAGCCAUCGGCUUCUCCAAUAUGCUGAGCUCCUUCGUCUCAUCUUACCCAGUCGCUGGCAGCUUCGGGCGGACAGCUGUGAAUGCCCAGUCUGGAGUGUGUACCCCGGCAGGGGGCCUGGUGACUGGUGUGCUGGUGCUGCUGUCCCUGGACUACUUGACCUCACUCUUCUACUACAUCCCCAAGUCUGCACUGGCCGCCGUCAUCAUCAUGGCUGUGGCCCCGCUCUUUGAUGCCAAGAUCCUCAGGACGCUCUGGCGUGUUAAGAGGCUGGAUCUGCUGCCACUCUGCGUGACAUUCCUGCUGUGUUUCUGGGAGGUUCAGUACGGCAUCCUGGCUGGGACCCUGGUUUCUUUGCUCAUCCUCCUGCACUCUGUGGCUCGGCCCAAGACCCAGGUGUCAGAAGGACAUGUUCUUGUCCUGCAGCCGGCCAGUGGCCUGCACUUCCCUGCAAUAGAUGCCCUGCGAGAAGCAAUAAUGACCCGGGCACUGGAAGCAUCCUUACCACGCUGCGCAGUCCUGGAGUGCACGCAUGUCAGCAGCAUAGACUACACUGUGGUUGUGGGACUCAGUGAGCUCCUGGAGGAUUUCCAGAAGCGGGGUGUCUCCCUGGCCUUCGUUGGCCUGCAGGUGCCUGUGCUCCGCACACUGUUGGCCGCUGACCUGAAGGGGUUCCAGUACUUCACUACUCUGGAGGAGGCCGAGAAAUCCCUGCAGCAGGGACCAGGGACUCAACCCUACAACAUCCACGAAGACUCUGCAGAGCACAAGGUCUCCCUGCUGAAGUCUUCGCCAGCCCCUGAAGGGCAGCUGGUGUAGGAAGGGUUUCGAAGGUUCUGUCACUGUGAUUUGAUGUUGACAUCACCUGACAGACUCACCAACCUGGUGGGACUGAAAAUACACCCCACAGGUGGCUCUGGAAGAGCUGGGAGUCAUGCGGGAUCCCCAGGUGUGACUUUCCCCCCGUCCCCUAGCUGUGAGAAUUUGGGGAGUGGGGUUGGCAUCUUCCAGAGAGAGAGGCCAGGCCAAACAGGAGGACCCAGGGCUUCUGGCCUAGGUUGGCUGGGGCGAGCUGGAGCUUUCCAGGUCCUGAAUUCCUCUUUGGAACCAGGCCCUGCCCGAGAAGAGGCGGAAGGCAGUGUCUCAGAGAUAGGUCUGAACAUGGCUCGGAGUUCAAGCUGAGAUGAGAGGGGCCACAGUGUGCCAAGUACAAUGAAGUCUGUUUAAAAAUUGUGUUUUUAAAUGAAAGUCAUCACUUUGGUGGUUUUUUG